CAAUAUUUUACUCGAUUUUUGAUUCUUCAAAAAUGGACCAUCAACAUGAUACAGAUUGCAAAUGUAAGUCAACUGUUGCCGUUCAAUCGCUGGACGAAAUGGAUUUUGAGCGAGGCAUUUGGAGUGCAGCUCUCUAUAAUGAUUUGAAAAAAUUGGAUAAAUAUAUCGCCGAAGGUCACACCAACAAUUUUGAUACAACUGGAUAUACCGCUAUACAUUAUGCAGCUAGGAGUGGCCAUUUAACAGUUUGCCAUAAACUUUUAAAUGCCGGGGCAUUUGUGAAUUCAUGUACAAGAUCUGGCAAUGUGACACCACUCCAACGUGCAGCACUAAUGGGUCAUGAACAAAUUGUACAACUUUUAUUAGAAAAGGGUGCAGAUGUAUUUCAUCAAGACAUUGACGGUAACACAGCUCUUCACAAAGCUUACGAAAAAAACCAUAAAAAUAUAAUAAAUUUACUGUUGGAUUCGUCAUGCGAUUCAACUCGUUUGGAAGGAAUUUGCAAUAAAAAAGGCUUAAAAGCUAAGGAUUUAUAAAAAUAAAAUAUGAGAAAUAUAAGAGCUAAUCUAUAAAA